UAUCUACUUAAUUGUGAACAACGACGCGUGAUGCACGGCUUGUCGACUCUCGAGUCGUUCGAUACGAACGUUGCUCCCCGUGUUCCGACCGCGAUGAUUAGAUUCGGGUCAAGAUCAAAGCGCGCGAGGCGAGAUACGUACUUUUCCAAUCCGGGCGUCGUUAAAGAAAUAAUUAUCGUAUCGUUUAUUGUCGCGUGUGUGUACGUGCGUGUGUCGGUGUGUGCUAGUGCGUAUCGUCAGGACGACAGCAUCUUCAGCAACGGGGAUCAAGAGGAACAACCGACAAGACUCAUCACGCCGCUGGCGGAUAAGCCUAUCUUCAGCGAGAUAUGCAUGGAGGACAAAAGAGGAAUUAAAAUGGACGAAGAAUUAUCGCGAUGGACUUAAAUCCUUGCCGGCCGCUGGUUUCGUGCCAUUGCUCCAUAUGUCCGGUACCGCGAUAAUCUCUGUCACGUGUCGCCGCAUCUUUUGUCGGAUCAUCUUUUCGCUGCCACGAACCAGCGAGGAAGCAAGGUAAGCCUGGGAUUUGGUAUGCCAUCCCCGCUACUUAAUUUCAACAGUAAAAUUUACGUUACUUUUGCGUGCGCGUCUCUAUGUACUGCACGACAACUUCAAUCGCAGCUCUCGAUAUUACGGGUGAAAACACGGGAAAAUCACGGUUUAAUCUCGCCUUCACCCCGUUCGCCUGUUAUUUUCUGCUCGUGAAAAAGAGUCUCGUAAUCGAGACUCCGCUAAAUGGCCAAGUUAAAAGCACACUGUACUAUUACUCGCGAAAUGUAAUUUUAAAAACGUUAUGAGUUUCUCUAUAAUUAAUUGCAAACUUUCUUGACGAAAAUUCUAUAAAGCAUAAAUAAUUCGUCAAUGUGGCGUCAAACUAAUUAAUGUUCGAAUAAAUUUAUAAGCCCGGUAAAUUUUUAAUUAACUUGUGAAACGCUCCAUUUUGUCGAUUAUAUUUUAGUAUUUAUGAUAGCUUAAAUUAUAUGAACGUCUCUAAAUUAUUUUGAGCUGUUUUGAAACGUUUUCUUAACACAUGUUUCACAUUUCAUAAUCAGUGUUACGCUUAGAUAACUUAAAUAUUAAAAUGAUCUCAAAAAAGAUAAAAUAAAAUAAGGAUGAUUUAAUUUUUAAUUUGUGUAG